AUGUUCUCCCUAAAGGGGAAAACAGCCAUAAUGACCGGAGCCACUGGAGGUCUGGGCUCAUCAAUGGCACUCGCUCUAGCAAAAGCAGGAGCAUCUAUUGUGUCCAUCGAGCUCCCGGACGAUCCUAACGCUGGCAACCUUGCCAAAGCCAUCAGCGACGCUGGGAGCAGCCUGCAUGCAUUCUACUGUGAUGUCGGGAACGCAGAGCAGCUCCGUGCUUGCUUUGCGCAGAUCUGGGAUGCUGGGGCUGUGCCUGAUAUCCUGGUUAAUAGUGCUGGUAUUGCGCGGCGGAAUAAGUGUGAGGAUGCGACUGAUGCUGAGCUUGAUUUGCUGCUUGAUAUCAACGUCAAGUCGUUCUACAUCGCAUGCCAGGAGUUUGGCAGGCGGUUACUGUCGCUGGACCGGCCGGGGAAGAUCAUCAACAUUGCCUCGGUGACUGCGUUCCAGGCGAACAAGAACACGAGCAUCUACUCGGCGUCCAAGGGGGCGGUGGUGCAAAUGACCAAGGCGUUUAGCAAUGAGUGGUCGAGCAGGGGGAUCCAGGUCAAUGCGAUAUGUCCGGGAUGGAUGAGAACGCCCAUGACGGAGGUUUAUGCUGCUGACGAGGCCGUCUCGUCGUAUCUGAUGUCGAGGAUUCCCAUGGGACGCUGGGGAGAUGCGACGGAGUUGAAUGCGGCUGCUCUGUUUCUUGCAGCGCCGGGCAAUAGUUUCACUACGGGGGCGUCAGUGGUUGUUGACGGAGGGUUCUGCGGAAAGUGA